UAACAACAAUCCACUCUUUCACAGUAUGACCAACAUCUCAUUAUACACGAUCACAUCGUGUCUAAUAUUGGACAAGGAUGGUAAACGGUUGUAUGGGAAAUACUAUCAGACCCAAACCUUACACCCCGAGUUGACCACUCUUGCCCAACAGGUGGAGUUUGAAAAGAAAAUCUUUGACAAAAUAAAUCGGGUCAACCAAGAUAUUUUGUUAUUCAACUCCAACUUGGUGGUAUAUAAACAGGUCAAUGAUGUAUUGUUGAUUAUUGUGGCCAACUUGGACGAAAACGAGUCGUUGAUUUACCAGUUGUUGUCCAAUUUGAACGACAGUUUGAAUAUCUUGUUAGACAACACCUUGGAUAAAGUGACCAUCUUAGAAAAGUAUGAUAUGGUCAGUCUCUGUGUGGAUGAAGCCAUUGACGAUGGGGUGAUUUUGGAAAUCGAUUCUAGUGUCUUGGUGUCAAGAGUCACCAACCCUCCAAGUGGUGCCAGUUUGGGCCAAGACUUGAACUUGAACAAAAUUGAUAUUUCCGAGAAAGGGUUCUUGAACGCAUUGUCGUUUGCCUCCAAGAAGAUCGGAGAGCGGUUGCAACAAGGGUUAUAGUUUUAGUUUAUAGGAUUUUGUCAAUAGUUACACAAAUCGCACCAGUUUUUUUUCUUGCAC